CCUUUUUCUCCUUCAUUUCCAAGAAAAAAUCCCAUCAUCCCACCCCCGCCCCACAAUAGAACUCUUUCCUUUCUUCCUAAUUCCCUCAUCCAUACCCACAAUAUCAUGAAUGGUUUAAACAAGCUUGGAGCUGUACUCACGAUACUCUUCGUCUUGUGUGUUUUCGCUCUCAUGGUGGAGCUCGUUUAUGUUCUCUGGCUGCGUAGGAGGUUCCGGCGCCGGAGCGUCAUUGCUAGUGGGGACUCGGAGACAAGGACGGAGUCAGAAUUUUUUUUCAGGAGGACGAGAUAAUUUUUUAUAUACUAAUUUACAAAAUUUUUAAAUUUUAGGGAGGUGAGAUAAUUUUUUAUAUAUUAAUUUACAAAAAUUUUCAAAUUUCAGGGGCCUAGCGCCCCCGCACCCCCCUUCCUCCGCCACUGCAGUCGGAGAUGUCUGGGGCCCGGUUCUACACUCCUUCAAAGGAGCUACUCUACUUUUUCUGCUGGAAGAACCAGUCACGGGUGGAGCCCGCUAGUGUCCCGCCAGUUUUGUCAAAUGUUGCGCGAGACUCGGAGGCCCCCGCGGAUGAUAACGUGGAGAAGUGGCAGGCGGCGUACGGUCCCUCCUGGCUUCUGUACAUGAUAAAGGAAGAGGGGAAAGAAGGGGCAGAGGGCAGCGAGUAUUCUGCGGAAAGUGAAGCCAAGAGCAGGAGCAGGACGGUUUCUUUAAGAGACGCUUUGGUGGCGACGGUUUUAACUAAAGCCGCUCUAGCCGCCGCCGUCGCCGAUGAGGUGGAGAUGGAGAUCAUCCACGUUAUGGCAAUGACAAAUACUAGUGCUGCAACUUUGAUUGUCCCUCAACUUCUAAAAAGGGGCAAUUAUAAGAGUUGGAGCAUUUUCAUGGAAGACCAUUUGAUUUCUCAAGAGCUUUGGGAUGGAAUUAUUGUUCCAUUCGGCCCUGGGCAACAGUUGUUUAGUGAAUCUGAGAAAAGAAAAAGGAAUGCUGCUGCUCUGAAUGCCAUUAAGAUUUCAUGCGAACCAGAAAGCUUUGUUCGUAUAAAGUAUACCCGUUCAGCAAAAGAUGCUUUGGAUAUGUUAGCCGAAAUGCAUAAAACAGAACCUGAAACUGAUGAAAGCACUCCAAAGGCAAGCAAUCCUCCGCUUUGGGUGGCAAGUACGAUUGUCCCUGAACUUCUAGAAAGAGGCAACUAUGAGAGGUGGAGUAUCUUCAUGAAAAACUACUUAGUUUCACAAGAUCUUUGGGUAGUUACUCACCGCUUGUCAACGGGUCUUGGAGUUUCUAAAAAGGAGUGGAGAAAAAAGAAUGCUGCCGCUCUGCAUGCAAUUCAAAUUUCAUGUGGAGCAGAAAAAUUUAAUCAAAUAAAGAAGAUGCGUUGGGCAAUUGAAGCUUGGAAUGAGUUGAAAACAAUAAAUAAUGAGGCAGAGAAAUCAAAAAUAAAUAAUUCAGAACAUGAAGAAGAAGAAGAAGAAUGUACCAAAAAGGAAGAAGAAGAAGAAGAAGAAGAAGAAGAAGAAGAAACUCCAAAGAUUAAUUCUGCAAGUAUGAUUGUCCCUGAACUUCUUGCAAGUGACAAUUAUAAGAGAUGGAGCAUCUGUAUGAAAAGCUAUUUAGUUUCUCAAGAUCUUUGGGAUGCUGUUCUACACAGUUGUGCGCCAGCUGGAGUUGAUAUAAAGGAGUGGAUUAAAAAGGAUGCUGCUGCUCUGCAUGCAAUUCAGAUUUCAUGUGGACCAAACAAAUUUGAUGAAAUUGAGGAAAUAAAUUCCGCCAAAACUGCUUGGAAUACCUUGAAGCAAAAACAUAUAGAAAAGCAUCCCGAAGAUGGUCCUCCCCUUCCUUUGAUUGAUUUCCUGGAAAAGAAAGGGUUCCAAACUAUGGAAAGGCCUAAGUCCCUAAUUUUGAAGAAUGCCAUUGACAAAGGCGAUGUUGAUGCUGUAAUGGACCAUUUUAAGAGAAAUCCAGGGGCAGAAAAAUUGGGAUUUUGGACAGGUCACACUGCUCUUCAUUACGCAUCGGCUGUUGGCAAGUCAAACAUUGUGGUGGCAUUGCUUGAGAAUAUGCCUGCAGUGCAAAAGGAUUUAUGGGAUAAUACAGCUCUAAGAGAUGCUGCUGUGUUUGGAAACACCGAGAUUGCAAAAUAUUUAUUUAGUAAGGAUUCUUCUUUGCUUUCUAUGGUAGAUGAACAUAAACAAAUCCCGGUAGUAACGGCAUGUAGACAAGGGCAUAAGGAGGUGACAAACUUUCUCUAUUCUGAAACCCCAUUCGAAAUGCUAUUAAGCGAAAGCGGAAAACAAGGAUCCCAAUUACUUUAUUGGUGUUUUACUUCCAAAAGAUUUGAUAUUAUGUUGGAUGUACUUCACCGCGGUCAAAGUUUAAUUGAUGAAAAUUGGAAGGAUCUUUUGGAUGGAUUCGCCCGAACGCCAACAGCAUUCAGCGGUGGAAGUGGGCUAACAUUUUGGCAACGAUGGAUCUAUGAGUGUUUGAAGGUACACAUACCGAGCGAUUUUACCGUUGUUAUUAUUAAUCAGAAAGGAAAAAAUUUUGAAGAUAUGCCAGUGCUAGGUCGAUUAUGGAGAUUGGCUUCAUUCCUUCUUCCGUUCUUAGGCAUAAAGCAAAUACAUGCUUUAAAGUUGAGUUAUGGCUUCGCUCGUGCGAGUCUAUGUUUGAUCUGUCGGCACUUGACAAAAUUACAGUUGAGGACAUUGGAGGACCAUACUGCACUAAAGAAGACACUCACCAGUGGGAUUGAGAAUGGCAGUUAUGAAUUUUUAAUUGAAAUGGUCAAAACUAAUGCAGACUUACUUGAUGCGCCGCUGCCCGAAGAUGAGACUAUAAGUAGAAACUUUCUCAUGGAUGCUAUUGAAUUUCGUCAAGAGAAAAUAGCUCGCUUUCUUGUUGGACUCCCCCUUGGCAAUGUAUUUAUCAAUUUACCGGAUUAUUCAAGGGAUAACAAUAUAUUACAUAUGGCAGGUAAAUUGGCUUCUGAUUCUCAAUUUUCUCACAUUUCUGGUGCUGCUCUACAGAUGCAAAGAGAGAUACAAUGGUUCAAGGAGGUAGAAAGCCUUGUUAACCAGCGUGAUAAAGAUGCCAAAAACAACAAUGGUGAAACUCCUUACCAAGUUUUGGCUAGAGAGCACAAGGUCUUGCUUAAGGAAGCAGAGGAUUGGAAUAAAGGGUUAGCAAAAUCAUAUAUAAUUGUUGGCGCUCUCAUCAUCACCGUAAUGUUCGCCGCAGCUUUUACCCUUCCUGGCGGUAACAAUCAAAAUAAGGGAUUUCCAAUAUUCAAAAACAAAACAACAUUUUUGGUAUACAUAAUAUCCGAUGCAAUCUCGCUGUUUGCCGCAGCUGCCUCAGUAAUAAUAUUUUUGGGAUUUCUCACAUCACGUUACAAUAUGGAAGAUUUCCACAAAUCUAUUCCCAAGAAGUUGAUGGCUGGGCUUUCUACUUUGUUUGUCUCUCUCGCAGCAAUGAUGAUAGCAUUUUGCUCGGCUAUUUUUCUCAUGCUAGAAAACCGAUGGUGGAUUAUCAUUCCAUCUGUGUUGCUUGCGGGCAUUCCAGUCAGCUUGUUUGCGUGGUUGCAAUUUCCUCUGCUUGUUGAGAUUUAUGUUUUAACUUACAGAUCACCAAUUUUCAGUGAGAAAAGAUCCUUGGCAAGCAAAAUAAAAGCACUCUUCUUUGGGAAAAGGAAGAUUGAGUAGGUCUAAAUGAGUCUUUUGCAUUAUGUUUGUCUUCGUUGGUACCAUAGCAACUCUAAGGUCCAUGCUUGGUUGUAAGUGAACUUUAAUUUUAUUGCCACUUUGUUUUUGUUAUGCAAUAGAAUUCUUCUGGUACC